AGUCAGCAAGCCUUUCAGAUUUGCCCGGUUUUUGUUUGUGUUUUCUAUCAAGAUGGGAACUCAAACAAGUUAUUCCUGCUAACGCUCUGGUAUCUCCAUCAAGAAAGGGCGGUUUGUGCCAGCUCUCCCGAAAGAAAAGGUACGUGGGGGACGCUGGACGAUGAACCUGAGACUCCAGCCCUUAGUGGCCUGAAGCUGCGGGAAAGCAGAGGGUCCUGCGGAAAGAUGGCGAUGGCCCCAGGCCCUUCCCUGGCUCAGGUGUACACCAGCCCUGUGGCAGUGGCCGUAUGGGAGUGGCAGGACGAGCUGGGCACCUGGCACCCCUAUAGUGCCACCGUCUGCAACUACAUUGAGCAGCAGUUUGUCCAGCAGAAGGGCCAGCGCUUCGGGUUGGGGAGCUUGGCCCACAGCAUCCCCUUAGGCCAGGCUGAUCCCUUGCUGGCCCCUUACAUCAUUGACCUCCCCAGCUGGACCCAGUUCCGCCAGGACACUGGCACCAUGAGGGCUGUACGGAGGCACCUGUUCCCCCAGCACUCAGCUGCAGGCCGGGGCAUCGUCUGGGAGUGGCUGAGUGACGAUGGCUCCUGGACAGCCUAUGAGGCCAGCAUCUGUGACUAUCUGGAGCAGCAGGUGGCCAAGGGCAACCAGCUCGUGGAUUUGGCCCCCCUGGGGUACAACUAUACUGUCAACUAUGCCACCCACACGCAGACCAACAAGACUUCUAGCUUCUGCCGUAGCGUGCGGCGCCAGACAGGACCCUCGUACCCAGUGACCACUGUCAUUGCUCCCCUGGGCCACAUGGGGGUUGCCUGCUCUUGCCACCAGUGCCUCGGUGGCAGCGGAACUGGCCCCGUGUCAGGCCGCUACCGCCAUUCCAUGACCAACCUCCCCGCAUACCCUGUCCCUCAGGCACCCCACAGGACCACUGUUGUCUUUGGGGCCCACCAGACCUUUGCCCCGUACAGCAAGCCCUCACUUUCUGGGGCUCGGUCUGCACCCAGGCUGAAUGCUACCAACCCCUGGAGUGGGACGCCUCCUACCCUGGGGAACCAACCCCUCUACCGCUCCAGCCUCUCUCACCUGGCACUGCAGCACCUGUCCCCGGGAUCGUCCACCUCCAGUGGAGCCAGUGCCUCCCUCCCUGGCGGUCCUGCCACCGCUCCUGCCAGCGGUCCUGGGAGCAUCCCUGCCAGUGUGCCCGUGCAGAUGCCAAAACCCAGCAGGGUUCAGCAGGCCCUUGCAGGCAUGACGAGUAUUCUGAUGUCGGCCAUUGGACUCCCUGUGUGUCUUAGCCGCGCACCCCAGCCCGCCAGCCCUCCCGCCUCCCGCCCGGCCUCUAAAAGUCACAGCUCAGUUAAGAGAUUGAGGAAUGUGUCCGUGAAAGAGGCCACUCCAAAGCUGGUACCGGAGCAGGUGAUACAGAACUACACGGAAGAGCUGAGACCGCCCCCAGAUGAGGUGUGUGUCGGGAGGAAGGAUGGAAGUCUGCAGUGCCCUUCCUGCAAGACCAUCUAUGGAGAGAAAACUGGGACCCAGCCCCGGGGGAAGAUGGAGGUGUUCAGGUUCCAGGUGUCCCUCCCCGGCCACGAGGACUGUGGGACGAUACUCAUAGUUUACAACAUACCUCACGGCAUCCAGGGGCCCGAACAUCCCAACCCUGGAAAGCCGUUCACUGCCAGGGGGUUUCCCCGCCAGUGCUACCUUCCGGACAAUGCCCAGGGUCGCAAGGUCCUGGAGCUCCUGAAGGUGGCCUGGAAGAGGCGACUUAUCUUCACAGUCGGGACAUCUAGCACCACAGGCGAGACCGACACAGUGGUAUGGAAUGAGAUCCACCACAAGACAGAGAUGGACCGCAACGUGACGGGCCACGGCUACCCUGACCCUAACUACCUGCAGAAUGUUCUGGCUGAGCUGGCGGCCCAGGGCGUGACAGAGGACUGUCUGGAGUCUCAGUGA